UGUGGAAUAUGGAUUCUGGAAUAUGGGCAUCCAGAAUCCAUAGUCCAUCUCUUGCGCGGCUGUUGACGCGCUUGCAAGAAAUGGGGCCGUCUCGGUUGGUUGGAGAGCGCCCCCGAUUGCCAAAUUGGGUGCGCCAGCCGCGCUUAACGUCUGGGCAUCCAUUGGCUUAGCGUGCCACAAGCCUCUUGUCGUCGUCCCCUUGGGCGGCUGCCAUGGACCUGGGCCUAUUAUUACAGCUACUAAGAUGGUUUGUGUCCAUACAAGCCUCCCAUCUUUGUCAGAUGUCAUACUUUACUUACCUUGCCUUACCUCAGGUACUGUACCGUGCCUUGCCUCCACCGCAGUACGUAGUAUCGACGUGGGCCGCGCGCCUGCUUCCUCGGCAACACCGUCUCCCGCUUGUCUUGUGCAUACAUACGUACUGUGCCUACCAUGCAAGGCGGGCGCCAUGCUGUACUCAGUCCCGCCUCGGAUCAGCAUCACGGGUCCAGAGCCGCGUGCCUGUGCCGCUUCUAGAAGGUUGCGCCUCGUCCCAGCUUCCCAAGAGCCCCAGACCAAGCUUUACUUGCUCCUAGCGCCAUCUACCGUGCCUCUUCUAGCAGUUCGUGGCUGGCUUCGGAUGUUGCUCCAUCCUUCGAGACCCGGCGGAGAGCAGGACGAGAGCGGGCCCUGGUAUCCGUACUCCAGCAUGGGCUUCCACCGCCCUCUUCCCGUCCACCUUGGCCAGUCUUCCCCUUUGGGUCUUUGCACGGCGGCUCCCCAAAUAUUGCUUUCCAAAAUAUUCACCACUCCGAUGGCCAAGAUAGCCAUUGAUGGCCGGACAAGCCACGCGGCCAGGUGGCCAUCGAGCACCUACACCUAGCCGCUGUCGACCAGGUCGGCCUUCUCCCCACAAAAGGCUUGCAGAUAACCGCGUAG